AUGGGGAAGGAGCAGGAGCUGCUGGAGGCCGCGCGCACCGGGAACCUCCCGGCCGUGGAGAAGCUGCUCUCGGGGAAGCGCCUCAGCUCCGGCUUCGGCGGCUCUGGUGGUGGUGGCGGCAGCGGCGGCGGCUCUGCGGGGGCAGGCGGUGGCGGUAGCGGCGGGAGUGUCGGUGUGGGGCACCCGCUGUCCAGCUUGCUCAGCAUCUGGAGGGGGCCAAACGUGAACUGCGUUGACAGUACUGGAUACACCCCGCUGCACCACGCUGCUUUGAAUGGCCACAAGGAUGUUGUGGAAGUUCUACUGAGGAACGACGCACUCACCAACGUGGCAGAUUGUAAGGGCUGUUACCCCCUGCACUUGGCAGCCUGGAAGGGAGAUGCUGAUAUAGUGAAGCUCCUCAUCCACCAGGGCCCUUCACACACCAAAGUGAAUGAGCAGAAUGCUCUUGAGAUCAAAGAACUCAAAAAGUACGGCCCCUUUGACCCAUAUAUCAAUGCCAAGAACAACGACAACGAGACAGCGCUGCACUGUGCAGCCCAGCACGGCCACACCGAGGUGGUGAAGGUGCUGCUGGAGGAGCUCACCGACCCCACCAUGCGCAACAACAAGUUCGAGACACCCCUGGACCUGGCUGCGCUCUAUGGGAGGCUGGAAGUGGUCAAGAUGCUCUUGAACGCCCACCCCAACCUGCUAAGCUGCAACACUAAGAAACACACGCCGCUGCACCUGGCAGCCAGGAAUGGUCACAAAGCUGUGGUCCACGUCCUCCUAGAUGCUGGCAUGGACAGCAACUACCAGACUGAGAAAGGCAGUGCUUUGCACGAAGCUGCUUUGUUUGGCAAGACAGAUGUGGUACAAAUAUUGCUGGCUGCAGGUAUUGAUGUGAACAUAAAGGAUAACAGAGGCCUGACUGCUCUGGACAUUGUGAGGGAGCUUCCUUCCCAGAAAAGCCAGCAUAUAGCAGCUCUCAUUGAAGAUUACACCGUUGGGAAGAAAAGUGCCAAAGCUGUGGAGAAAUCUGCUCCAGCCCCGCUUGCUCCAGCCACCGAUCUCUCAGGCCGGACAUCUCAGGGUGACGUGGACAAAGCUGUCACAGAACUGAUCAUCGAUUUUGAUGUGAACCCUGAAGAAGAGAGCCCAUAUGAAGCUCUGUACAACGCCACAUCCUGCCACUCCCUGGACAGCCUGGCCAGCGGGAGAUCGUCCGACCGGGACUCUGUGAAUAAGGAAGCUGAACCCAGUGGCCUCAAAGCAGCUGGAGUCAGGCCUAGAGAACGUCCUCCCCCACCAGCCAAGCCCCCGCCUGAUGAAGAGGAGGAGCAGAAUGUGGAGAAGAAGACAGGCCACAGUGCUCCCUGUGAGGCCUCUGCUGCCCGGGGGAAAAGCAGGGGAAGUGGAGCUGAGGAAGAGGAACACCCCUACGAGCUGUUGCUCACAGCAGAAACUAAAAAGCCGGUUGCAGUGGACAGGAAAACAAAAGACCACAGGAGGAGCAGCGGCGGCCGCAGCCAGGACUCUGCCGAGAGCCAGGACAUCCAGGUGCCAGAGCAGUUUUCAGGGUUGCUCCACGGCUCUUCUCCAAUCUGUGAGAUAAGCGAGGACCCUUUCAGGCUCGUUUCCUCCGCCGAGAAGGGGGACACGGAAGCCACGAGCCACCCCGCUGCUAUGCAGCUGGAGGACACCGAGUUAGCCUCGACAGGACCAGCACGGAGCAGCUCUCCAGACCCCACGCAGACCGCGGUGUACGCCACGGUGCAGCACGUCAGCCGGGCGGAUCCUGCAGCCGGAGUCACGCCCCACGUGCCGCAGCACCCCGGCGGUGCCGAGCCAGAGGGGGACAGAGCUGUGGGCAGAGCCCACCCAGGCUGCAAGCCCAAAGCCGAGCUCAAACUCAGCCGCAGCCUGUCCAAGUCGGACUCUGACCUGCUGACCUGCUCCCCGACGGAGGACGAUGCCAUGGGGAGCCGGAGCGAAUCGCUCUCCAACUGCAGCGCCGGGAAGAAGCGGCUGGAGAAGUCCCCAUCCUUCGCUUCGGAGUGGGAUGAGAUUGAAAAGAUCAUGAGUUCCAUCGGUGAAGGCAUUGACUUUUCCCAGGAGCAGCACAGGAUCUCAGGUUCGCGGAUGCUGGAGCAGAGCGUUGGGGAGUGGCUGGAGUCCAUCGGCCUGCAGCAGUACGAGAGCAAGCUGCUCCUGAACGGCUUCGACGAUGUUCGCUUCCUGGGCUGUAAUGUCAUGGAAGACCAGGACCUUCGGGAUAUCGGGAUCGGUGACCCACAGCACCGCCGGAAGCUGCUCCAGGCUGCUCGCUCCCUCCCGAAGCUGAAACCCCUGGGCUGUGAUGGGAAUAGCCAGCCAUCAGUUCCUGCAUGGCUCGACUCCCUUGGGCUGCAGGAUUACAUCCAGUCCUUCCUCUCAAGUGGCUACAGCUCUAUUGACACUGUGAAAAACCUCUGGGAGCUUGAGAUAGUAAAUGUGCUGAAAGUGAACCUGCUGGGCCAUCGGAAGAGGAUCAUUGCCUCACUGGCAGACAGACCCUACGAGGAGCCACCAGCCAAGCCCCCACGGUUCUCUCAGCUGAGAUGCCAGGACUUGAUGUCGCAGACGUCGUCGCCCCUGAGCCAGAACGACUCCUGCACAGGCAGAUCUGCUGAUCUCCUGCUGCCCUCCGGGGACACUGCCAAGAGGCAGCACGAUCGUGGCACUGAGGUUGCUCCCUACUCCAGAGCUGAGCGCUACAAAGCACAGGAGGACCGUCGGGAGUCCAAGCUGACCCUGCGCCCCCCUAGCCUGGCAGCCCCAUAUGCCCCUGUUCAAAACUGGCAGCACCAGCCCGAGAAGCUCAUCUUCGAGUCCUGUGGGUAUGAGGCCAAUUACUUGGGCUCCAUGUUGAUCAAAGACCUCCGAGGGACAGAGUCUACACAGGAUGCCUGUGCCAAGAUGAGGAAAUCCACGGAGCACAUGAAGAAGAUACCAACCAUAAUCCUGUCCAUCACAUACAAAGGAGUGAAGUUCAUCGAUGCCUCCAACAAGAAUGUCAUUGCUGAGCACGAGAUCCGGAACAUCUCCUGUGCUGCUCAGGACCCUGAGGAUCUCUGCACAUUUGCCUAUAUCACCAAGGACCUGCAGACCAGCCAUCACUACUGCCAUGUCUUCAGCACUGUGGAUGUGAACCUGACGUACGAGAUCAUCCUCACGUUGGGGCAGGCAUUCGAGGUCGCCUACCAGCUCGCCCUGCAAGCCCAGAGGGCAAAGCCUCUGGGUGCUGGAGCAGGAGAAAUGAUUGAAACAAAAUCUUCCAAACCGGUGCCUAAACCACGAGCAGGCAUGAGGAAAUCUGCGCUGGAUCCGCCUGAAGUGGACCAAGAUUCCCAGUCUCAUGCCAGUGUCUCCUGGGUCGUGGACCCCAAGCAGGACUCCAAGCGGACCCUCAGCACUAAGUAUGAGACCACUAUCUUCUAAAGCAAGCGCCCGCGUCCGCCCCGUCUAACCGUGCCUUUGCGAUCUGAUCUGUCUGCUCUUCUAAACUCCCUCUUCCUCCGGCUGCUCGCCCUGAGCCCGCCUAGGCACCGCAUCCAAGGCAGCAGCACUCAGGAGACUGUAGACUUAAACGGCUUUUGUACCUGAUCCUGCUGAACACUGUGAAUCUCCUUUCUCGGAAACGAGGGUAGCGCGCUGUAGCUGCCCGUGAGGCGGGAGGAGCAGAGAGGGCAGGCUGCCAGUCGGAGAUGUGGAUCCAGGAAAGCCGCCCUCUGUUUUCACGUCUUCCCCCCUCGCUCUGGCACUGUGAAUCCCUGGGGCAAUGUGAUGCUCCCCAGGCCUUUUUUUUUUUUUUUUUCUAUCUCACCUUGUCCUUGGACUGAUGGAGACCUCUUGUCUCUACGGUGCACACACUCCCUCCUCCUAGAUCCUCCUCUUCCUGACUGAGCCACGGCUGUGUACUGUUCAGUGAACUCACCUCUCCUUCCCUGCCAGUCGAACCGACACUAACCACUGUGAUGCUCUCUGCAAAUAACACACAGCACUUCCAUUUCCUCACGGCCGCCCUUGCCCACAGUCUCCCUCCUCAAAGGCCAGUGCAGAACUUGUUCUGGGUGGUGGGGGAGCAUUGGUUUGGGUUGGGUGUGAUCGUUCCCACUGUGAGCUCUGUCCCCUCGGACAUGAGGAGGCAGUUGGUUGCAUGCAUUUCAGUCCCUUGUAGGUUUUUCUUCCCCUCAUAGUCCUUGUGUUUACACUCACCAGACUUCUCAUGAGUGCUGGUAUAGUUCUCAUGUGGCAGCCUGUGGUUAAGCUUCCAAAGGCACAUGUUGUUGUUAGCCCUAGCCUGGGGAGGGGAGGUGUCAGCUGGACACCACAAGCAGCAUCAGCAGGGAGAGGUCAGGGAGCAGCCCUGGGUUAUUUGCCCCUGGUGUUAGGGCCUAGCAGCAGCUUGUCUGAUUUUAGCUGUGGCUUUGGAGCUGCUGCCUCAGAUCUUCCAUUUCCCCUCACCUGCGGUGAAAUCUGAUGUUUUAAAGUCCUUAUUCAGCUCUUUCUCAGGAAUGAGUUUGAUCUCCCAAGUAAUUUGCAACUUAAUGGCAAACUGACCUCAGACUGAGGGCUCAGCUAGUGGGAACCCAGUGAGAGGACUAAAAGUGUUGUCUUAAAUCAAAAAAAAAAAAAAAAGGGAAAGCUCAGUGUAGUGCAUACAUUUCAUAUGCCACAGAGCCCCCUGACACAGAGCAUCACCCACGUCCUGCAGGGCCACCCUGCCAGCCCAGGCCUUGUCCUCUGGGAGGUUAGGUUUGGGUUCCAUCAGCACUUUUCCAAGCUGUAAGAGUGCCCUGAAGGUUUCUGUGUCCCUUUAAGAGAAACUCAGUCUCUGGUGUGGGUGGCAGAGCAGUUUCUAUAUGUAGGUGUUCACCACCCAGCUGCCACAAGUCCGCCCAGUGUCAGAGGGUCUGAGCUCUUCAUCUCCCCUUGCUCUCAGCUGGGAAGGGCAGGUCCCUCCAUGCCCCCUAAAUCUGGGUCAGGAGAGCAUGUGCCUUCCUGAAGGUGACCAAACCCAGCAGGGAUCACAGGCAGCCCUGCCCAAACCACGCCACUGCCGCUCUGUGUCCGUAGCCCUGGCGGUUUUUGUGUCCCUAGCUCCGGGCCAUUCGCCUCACCUUUCCCAGCACCUGUUUUUGUAUGGCUUGGAAAUUCAUUCCGUUAUCUUCCUUUCUGUUUGCCUCUGCGAAGCUGAGCUCCGGGCAGCCGUCUCCUACCACGGGAUGUAGUAGCAGGGCAGAGACCUGGGAUGCAGUGGCCUCCUGACAUGAAGAUCAUCUCCCUCUGGCAUGGGUGGCUGCCUCGGAGUGGGUGCGUGGCUGCUCGGUGAGGGCUCCCAGAGCAGAGGGGGAAGGGACCCAUCCUCCGCCGAGGAAAGCUGCUCUCUCCAUUCCUAGAGAAGGAAAACUCGAGACUCAGAGGCCAAGAGCGAUGUCGCCUUUUCUAGUUUGAGACAAAACAUCUUUGGACCUGUUUCUUUUUUUAACGAAGUGACACAGAGCAAAUCCGGUUCACGGUUUCAAUGCAGUGCUGCAGAUUUUUCGUGAGAAAAGAAAAAAACACAAAUUUUUAUUUACUGAGAAUCCCGCAGUCCGGUGAGGAGCACGAUAGAAAGUCUUAGCAGGGGUGUGGUGUGCGCAUUUCUGACGGUACUUACUCUGCUUCAGCUCUGGGUGAACAGGAGAGAAUGCCAAAUUCUUGGAGAUUGCUUCCCUCCGUGUGAGAACCUGGUGGGGUAAGUCUGUAUCCUGUUCUGCAAGCCACUCCGUGCUUUUGUAGCAAAUGGAAGCAGCUUGAGGAAAAGAAUCUGCGAAAGAUCUUUCACCCCAGAGCAGCUGUGGCCAAUAUCCCCCAUGGUACAAAUCUUCCUUAUCCCCCAAACUGUCGUGUUGCAAUACUUGACAUUUCUAUGGCAAGGAACCCGUUUCUUCCCGUUUCCGCACUGAAUUCCUGGGGACGACUCCCUGCUCCAGCCUCUGUGCACGUGUCUUGUUUUUAAAUGCAGUUAUGCCCUGAAGGGUUGGGGUUUUUUUAAGUAUAUUCAAUUGUGAUUUAGCACUUUUUUGAUACUAGCUCAUUAUUUAAUUAGUGCAACCGUUUCAGAAGAUGAACAAAUAAGGAGUUAAAUUUUGGGCAUUACACUGAAACAGUCCAUCCCCAAGGACAAACCACAUCAGCCUGAGGGUGGCUUGGCCCCAUCUGAGCCCAGUGUCCCCAAAGACACCGCCUCAAAGGUGCUGUGUGCUUGCUUUUAUUCCGACUUACAGAGUGUUUCACAGUGGUUUGGGCUGUGACUGACGUGUUUUCAGACUGUUCCCCUCUUGGGGAGAAUGUUCAAAUGGUUGUGAUUUGAAUUCUUCAGAUGCAAAAUGUAGCGCAGCGCAUCCGUCGUGUUCUCAUCAGGCUGUGUCAGGGCAGUGGGACCUGCUGCCACAUGGGAACGCUGUGCCCGAGUAAUUCCUGUUUAACUCCAGUUGCUGCUGUAUGUCAGGAUUUCCUUUAUUCUCUCUCACCAGUGAGGCUGGGAGAGAAGUGAACCAUAAUCCCAAGGGCACAGACCUGUAAAGGAUUGGGAAGGGGGAGUGGACAUUUUGGGUUAAGUCGAUGAAUUUAGGAAACCUAACAUUCCUUGUUAUGCACAUGUUGCAAUUCAUACUGGUGUAAGUGUAAAUAUGUGGUGUGUUGCCAACAAGUCUUUGGUGAGAUUGCAAAUUGAACCUCUGCUUGGGAGGAGGGCCACCUUUCCUUUCUGACACGUGAGCUUUUUUUGGAGGUUGGCUUGGAGGUGGUGUGGUGAUGAAGACUCCAAUCUUCAGGCACUGGGCUCGGUGACCCUGGUGGUCCAUUCCAGCCCCACGUGUAAACCUGUGGUUGUCUUUAGUGAUCCAUUCUUUAGCCAGAUACUCCCUUUCUCACCUCACAGACAGAGCAGUUGUUUUGGCAGUUCAGUGUGGUGGGGUCUCUCGAGGGACUCGGUGCUGGAGACUGACCCUGGGCCGUGCCACUUGCUGGCUCCUGGCCACCUUCACCCACCCACUGUGCAGUAUUCAGGCUCUUCCUCCCUGCAGGGUUUUGUGCUAUCUGGAGGAAAGUGCCCCAAAUUUCUGGUGCUGAACAUGACAUUGCAUCCAACUGCAUCUGCUGAAUUACCUGCCUGGGAGGAGCUGGGGCUGCCCUGGGCCUUGUUCCUCUCUUUAAUGACAGAUUGUGUUUCACAGACUUUGGUUUGUGGGCUGAGCCCUCACUCACGUCCGGCAGACGAAGUUGCCGAGUUUUGUCUUUCUUUUUAUAGGAGGGGAUGAUUUUUUUUUCAAAUUGAAGAUGCUUUAUCCUUUUUUUUUUUUAUUUUGUGUUUACAAAGAAGAAAAAAAAAACAGCGCUAACCUUAGCUGUUCAGCUGACUUUAACCUUGCUUUGGGAUUGUUCUUUUUUGAAGAAAUUAUGCAACUUUUUUGGGAUACACGCCUUUCCCCCCUCCCAGGGAGAAGAUACAGCACCUUCCAGGCUGUACCUGUAGUGAAGUCCGUACCUUCAGGAGGCUGCUGAGACACAGAACAGAUGCCAAAAAGCCCCGAACACGUCCCGUUCUGUGUGCAGCUGAGGUGGAGCCAACGCUUUAAUGCUCCUUCCACCCACCUCAGAAGUUUCCAGCAGCAGCAGCAGCAUUUCCCCAGCUCUGCUCAGAUCCCUAUUUUGGAGCUGGCACAACACUCACAAUGCUGUCGUGUUGCAAACGUCUCCCUUUUAGAUCUCACAUUGGUAUUACCUUAAAUUUGUUUUUCCCCCGAAAGAAAAGUGUCUGUGCUGUUCUCGCUAAGUCAACCCAGCUCAGACAUUUUUCUUAUCCACUGAAGAAUAACCUGGGAUUCCCUGACAGGGCAGAGACAGUUGAGUUCAGUUUGCAAUGUGGACAUUUUUGCUAAUUGUGAUGUAUGGCAGUGGGGCUGAUUUGUAAUACAAAUGUUAUUUAAUCUGUCUGUAUUUUGAUACUUGAAUUUCCUUUUAUUUCCUGUAUAUACAAUUGUUAAUCUGUUCAAAUUUGUCUGAAUUUUAAACAUCUUGUGGUACCAAACAUAACCAAUCUGUGCAACAACAUAGACUGACCUCACUACAACAAGGCGAGAUUGUAAAUAUUCCUGGGCUUCCAGCAGUCGUUUUGUUGUUUUCAUAAUUGUACAACUUAGAACAGACCGAAUUAAUAAACAACCUUAGACACA